AUGGCGGAGGCAGCAAAGCAGCCGCCGGUAUCAGCACCGACUGGAGCGAGCCAAGGUGCCCGAGUCGCUCCACCGACGCCUGUCGCGACGCCUGCCGGCAGACCGGCCACUGGAGCCAGCCCGGGGCUGGCCAAUGCUAGCGCCUGCGCCAACACCUUUGCCAGUGGCAGCCCAGCGACCCCAGCCUCGACGCUGGUGGCUGGCACAGCCCGCAAAUCACUGGCCUCGAGCCCCUACCAACAGCAGGAGUCCCACCGCAACCAACAAUUGCGACCGCGACGCGGACCGCUCCAACGACGGCAUCCUCGCCUCGUGUAUCCGCCAUCACCACGCUCGCCAGCCUCGUCGCCGCUGCCCCCCCGCCCGCACACCGGCGCGUCGCCCUCGGACCAGCAAGAGCCCGGCGCCCGAAGCUACCUCGAGCGGCUGCUGCGCGUGGUCCAAUCCGCCUGUGCGGCCCCGCGGCAGCGCGACAUGGCCGACUUCCUCGCGAGCUUCAACUUCGGCGCCGCCGAAGCCCUCCCCGCAGAGCCGUCGGCCUGCGACUCCGUCGAGGAGCUCCAGUUGCGCCUGCACGAAGUCCUCGAGGCCAAGACGAGCCCGACGCGCGCCGAGCAUGUCGCCACCACGAUCGACCUCGCCGCCGGGGCGCACCUAACGCUCGGCGUCUCACAGACCGAGAACGAUGCCCUCGAGGGUCUAAGUAACGUCGACCCGUCGCUGGCAGGCAUGGCCUCGAGUGGCGGCGGAGAUGGACAGCAGGCGGCCCUGACGCGCACCGUCAGGGUGUCCGAUGCCAUCUCCAACCAGCCGCAGAACGACCCAGUCCUCCAACGAGCCAUUGCCAAGUAUAUCAUCGCCGCAGUGAGCGCCGCCGAUGGCAGCACAUGGGUCAUGCGCGAGAUGUCCCGCGCCAGCCAGGGAUGGAACUUUACCUACCAGUGCAGGGACUCGACCCAGCAAUGGGAGCGCCAAAACAAGGGCAAAGCCAAGCACAUCAUCGCCGAGUACACCCACAAGGAGCCCGACCCGGCCGUCGUCAGCCGGCCAGCGUUUGACUGCCGCGGCUCCGUCAAAAUGUCCUUCUCCCGAGAAAGUCGCACCAUCUCCGUAAGCUACACCCACACGCCGCUGCACAGAACCGUCGCAGAGAUCGCCGAGCUCUUCCGCCCAAUCCCGCGGGAGGUGGCACCCCCUAAACCAACCAAGCAAAAGACACCCAAGACCCCGGGCACUGGCAAGAAGCGCAACGGGCCAAAGUCACAAAACGAGACGGGGACUCCCAGAAAGAGGAAAAAGAAGAACAACGGCGAGGCGCAAGCGGCAGCGGGCGCAGACGAGCAGCCGUUGGGCGAGCUGGCACAGAAUGGAGGCGAAGGCUCCGGUGCAAAUGGACCACAAAAUGGCCAGGCGCCCGCCGAAGCUACAGCUCCGGGAUCUUUCCCGGUCAAUGUCACUCCAGAGGAGGCCGUCCGUCGGCGCGAGUUCGCCAUCCAGCUGCUCAGCGGCUCGGGCGUUGACCCUGACUCGCUUUCCACCGACCAGUUUAACAUCUUUGCGAACCAGUCUCCCGAUCUACAGAAGGAAUCGCUCAACAUGCUCGUCAAAUAUGGCGCCGAGCGGCUUCGUAUCGUGCACCCGAGUAAUAGAGAUACUCCAGCUUCAGCCUCGCCAGGCACGUCGGCGCCGCCAGAGCAGGCCUCUCAACCUACGCCGUCCGGGCCCACAACUACCAAGGAGCUGGUGCCGCAAUCGCAGGACGAGGCCGGCAAGGGGCGCAAGUCCAGGAAGAUGAGCAAGUCACGCAAUGCCUGCUUCCGGUGCAAGGAACGCAAGGUCAAGUGCCCGCGAGAGAGACCAUCGUGUGCUGAGUGUGAGACUGAGGGACUCACGUGCGAGUACGCGCCGCAGAAGCCGAGGAAGAAGAAUCCCAAGGGCAACGCCAACGCCAAGUCAGAAGCUACAGUCCCGGCUGACUACGAUGCCGAAAGUGACGAUGCACCGGCAGACGAGGCCGCGGAUGAGGGCCAGGCUAUGGACGAGGAACAGGCAGAGGACGAUGCAGAAGAAGAGGCCGACGAGGUUGACGAAGACCAUGUCGACCAAGUCGAGUACUCAGCCUACCCCCAAGUCCCAGUGUCUGACAUGCUCACGCCCAGCGCGGAUGCUCAUAACCAUGGUGCCCAGGGCACGUCCGCCGGGCCGUACUUCCAGUCGGCAUCUGGUCUGGCCCUGCCCCUACCCGAAGAGCCGUCUGUCCCUCAACAGCUCUAUAGCUCUGGAACAGGCCUCGUCUUGCCGCAGGGGACCAUGUACUACCCGCCCCCGAUGGAACCGACCAUCGACACGGCAGCGCUACAGGCUGGCAACAACGGCGCGAACCUAGCGACGGCCUCGCCCAAGCAAGCCAAGCAGCAAGCCAAGAACUCGCGUCGAAGCCUGCCAUCGGCCCAGGCCAGCCUCCAGGCGAGGGACAACACGUCAGUACGCCACAGCAACGCGUCUGCGUGGGCGUCUAGUGUCGCCCAGAACAGCCACGAUCCGGCUGCCCAGACAGCCGCUACCUCAAUGCAGCAGCAGCGAGCUGCGUCGACACACCGAUCCCGUGGCUCGACGUCGAGGAUCCAAGGCCAGUCUCCCCGCUUGCAGGAUGCCGCAUCCUUGUCGCAGGCUGCACUGGAGCACCAGAGGCAGACCCCCGUCGCGAAUUUGGCGAUGCAGGCUGAGGCCACCAGGUCCGCAUCCGCGCAGUCCGCCGAGAGGCCCCGCGCCGCGUCUCGACAGGCCCAGCGAGCGCAAGCCGGCACUCCUCGGGGCACCAGGACCGCGGCGAGCGCUUUCCAGCCCCCUCCACUAUCUGUGCAGCAGCAGCCUCAAGCGGCGGAGCCUGCUGUCGAUAACUCGGCAAGUCACCACCGCACCGGCUCCGCGAGCAACAUGAACAGCUCGACGGCGUUUCAAAGCUUCGGGCGGUACGCGGACCACCAGGCAGCUCCAGCCGCGUCGGCGGAGCGCAUCACGUACGAGCCGUAUUCGUAUCAGCGCACCACGCCCGCUGCCGCCCCCGCGUAUCCCGCCUACGACUACGGCCACGGGGCGACGCAAUCCGCGACGGCGGCGGCGGUCGCCACCAGCGUGUCGAUGGAUACCAUGCACACGAACCUGGCGACGACGUACCCCUCGCACACCACGAACCCAUCCGCCCUCUCGGCGGGCUCGCGCGCGAGCAACAACACCUCGCCCAACCUGACCCGGUCCUCGUACGGCUCACCACAGGGCUUCAACGCGCGGCCCGCGGCGGCGGCGCAGCCGGCUCGUCAGGGGGCGCGCAGUUCUGUGGAUCAGCACCAGCAACAACACCAGCAGCAGCACCAGCCGCAGUCUCAGCACAACCAGACCUGGUACGGCUUCGGCGGCAAUACCAACAAUCAAAAUAACAAUAACAGCACCACGGCACAUCGUGGAGCGCAUCGCGGCCAGGAACAGCAGCACCAGCAGCACCAGCAGCACCAGCACCACGGCUACGGGUGGAAGAUGACGGACCAUUGGGGCAACGUCUCGUGA